UCAGUCAGUUUUGAGGAAAUCUCCCUUGGAGCUGGAGAGGAGAGGUUACCGCGUCCCUCCUCCAGCUAUAGCCGGGUUUCCCUAAAACCUUCAGCCGCUUAAUCAUGGACCUGGGGACUAGAGGAGUCGCUUGGAUUAUCGCCCAGGUCGCCCUGCUUGUCUCCAGCUCGGGCGGGAUCACCGGAGAAGGUGUGUGCGACGGCCCGCUGGUGUCCAACCUGCCUCCGUCCUCCUUCAGAAGCUCCUCCCAGCUGUCGAGCAGCCACGCGCCCGGCUUCGCCAAACUCAACAGGCGCGACGGAGCCGGAGGUUGGUCCCCUCUAACCUCAGACAGGGAUCAGUGGCUGGAGGUCGAUGUGGGCGAGCGGACCAGGAUCGCCGGCGUGGCCACGCAGGGCCGCUACGGCAGCUCCGAUUGGCUGACGUCCUACCUGCUGAUGUUCAGUGACACGGGACACAACUGGAAGCAGUACCGACAGGAGGACAGCACGGGGUUCUUUCCAGGUAACAGUAACGCAGACAGCGUGGUGCAGUACAAGCUGCAGCAGACGGUCAUUGCUCGGUUUCUCCGGCUCAUUCCCCUGGACUGGAAUCCCAGCGGGCGGAUCGGACUCCGGCUGGAGGCCUAUGGAUGUCCUUACACCUCUGACGUGGUGAGUCUGGACGGCAGCAGCAGCCUCACGUACCAGCUCGGCGCCGGCGGCCUCGGGGCGGCGCCGGGAGAGGUCAUCGCUCUGAAGCUGAAGACCUUCAGGAACUCCGGGACGCUGCUGCACGGAGCGGGAGCGGACGGACUGAGCCUCAGCCUGGAGCUGGAGAGAGGGAGGCUGCUGCUGCUGCUCAGAGGUGGAGCCUCAUCCUCCGAACCAAAGGCCCUCGCGUCCCUCAGCAGCCUGUUGGACGAUCAGCACUGGCACCACGUCGCGAUGGAGAGACGUAGCUCUCACCUCAACCUCACUGUGGACAAACACACCAAGGAGGUCCAGCUCCCUGCAGACUUCACCCACUGGGACGUCCAUCAGCUGAGUCUGGGAGCGAGUCACAGCCUCGGACCUCAGAACGCGGCCGCCGCCGGACGGAACUUCCACGGCUGCGUGGAAAACGCGCUGUUCAACGAGCUCAACCUGAUCGAUCUGGCCAAGCAGAACGACCAUCAAGUCACCGUGAGGGGCCACGUGACCUUUUCCUGCUCCGAGCCGGCUCCCGUCGCCGUGACCUUCCCGGGCCCUCGGAGCUUCCUGCGGCUGCCGGCGCCGCCGGGCGCCGCGUCCGUGAGCUUCCAGUUCCGGACGUGGAACCGGGCGGGGCUCCUGCUGACCUUCGACCUCGCCCGGGAAGGGGGCGUGGCCUGGCUGCACCUCAGCGACGCCCGGCUGCGGCUGCAGGUCCACGGAGCCGGCCGCUCGCUGCUGGAGCUCAGCGCAGGUUCCGCUCUGAGUGACGGCCAGUGGCAUGUGGUGGAGCUGAGCGCCAGACGCGGGCGUGUGAGCGUGACGGUGGAUGAGGAGGAGGAGGCUCACGUCAGCCCCUCAUUUCCUGUCGCCGUCCAAAGUCACCUCUUCUUUGGUGGUUGUCCUGCUGCAGACGAGGCUCACGACUGCAGGAACCCCUUCGACGUCUUCCAGGGCUGCAUGCGGCUCUUCGCUGUGAACGGCCAAAGCGUGGAUCUGACCACGGUGCAGCAGAAGCAGCUGGGAAACUACAGCAACCUGCACGUUGACAUGUGUGGAAUCAUCGACAGGUGUUCUCCCAGUCGUUGUGAGCACGGCGGCCGAUGCAGCCAGUCCUGGACCGUCUUCCACUGCAACUGCUCCGACAGCGGCUACACCGGAGCCACCUGCCACAGCUCCGUGUACGAGCAGUCCUGCGAGGCGUACAAACACGUUGGGAACUCGUCGGGGCAUUUCUACAUCGACGUGGACGGCAGCGGGCCAAUCGGACCGCAGCAGGUGUACUGCAACAUGACAGAGGAAAACACGUGGAUGGUGAUCCAGCACAACAACACAGAGCUGACUAGAGUCCGGCCCACUCCAGGUGUAAACCAGCAUUUGGUCCACUUUGACUACAUGACAGAGGAGGAGCAGCUAUUGGCUGCCAUCGCCCAAUCAGAGCACUGCGAGCAGGAACUGUCCUAUCACUGCAGGAAGUCCCGCCUCCUCAACACUCCAGAGGGCUCUCCGUUCAGCUGGUGGCUCGGUGGCCCUGGUUCCGGCCGGCAGCAGAACUACUGGGGCGGCGCUCAGCCGGGCAGCCAGCAGUGCGCCUGCGGUCUGCAGGGCAACUGCGUGGAUCCACAGCACUACUGCAACUGUGAUGCCGAUCGCCUGGAAUGGACCGAGGACUCGGGUCCGCUGCUCCAUAAGGACAGCCUCCCACUCAGGUCUCUGGUGCUGGGUGACAUCCAGAGGCCGGGGUCAGAGGCUGCGUACAGGGUGGGACCACUCUGUUGCCAUGGAGACAAGCACUUCUGGAACGCGGCCUUUUUCAACAAAGAGACAUCGUACCUCCACUUUCCCACGUUCCACGCGGAGCUGAGCGCGGACAUUUCCUUCCUCUUCAAGACGACAGCCUCCUCUGGGGUGUUCCUGGAAAACCUGGGCAUCAAAGACUUCAUCCGGAUUGAACUGAGCUCUUCCACCCAGGUGGUUUUCUCCUUCGAUGUGGGUAAUGGCCCGCUGGAGGUCCGCGUGGAGUCCAGUGUCCCGCUGAACGACGACCGCUGGCAUCGGGUCCGCGCCGAGCGCAACGUCAAGGAGGCGUCGCUUCGGCUGGACGAGCUCGCCGCUGCCACGCAGGAGGCUCCUGCCGACGGACACUUCCACCUGCAGCUCAACAGCCAGCUGUUCAUAGGAGGCACCGCGUCCCGGCAGAAGGGCUUCCGGGGCUGCAUCCGCUCGCUGCAGCUGAACGGCGUCACGCUGGACCUGGAGGAGCGGGCCAGGAUCACGCCCGGGGUUCAUCCGGGCUGCCCGGGUCACUGCAGCAGCUACGGCGCCCUCUGCCGGAACCAGGGCCGCUGUGUGGAGCGGCCCAGCGGCUUCGGCUGCGACUGCAGCCUGUCGGCGCACACCGGCGUCUUCUGCCACGCGGAGGUGUCGGCCAGCUUCAGGCCGGGCACGUCCGUCCGCUACACCUUCAAGGAGCCGUACGGGUUCAUCAGGAACAGCAGCGCGCUGCCGUCGUCCAUCUACGGAGACACGACCCUGAGAGGAGAGAACGUGUCGCUGAGCUUCCGGACCAACCAGAGUCCGGCUCUGCUGCUCUACGUCAGCUCCUACCACAGGGAGUACCUGGCCCUGCUCAUCAAUAAGUACGAUAAACUGGAGGUCAGGUACAAGCUGGACAGCAGCAGAGAGGCUGAAGUGUUGAGGAGCAGAGUGAGGAGUCUGGCCAAUGGGCAGCUGCACAGCCUCAGCAUCAUGAGGACGGCGGACUCCGUGUCUGUGCAGAUCGACCGCAAUGCCAGGGAAGACUUCAACCUGACUUCUGACAGGGAGUUCAAUGCAGUCAAGUCUCUGGUGCUGGGCCAAGUGUACGAUUCUCAUGAGCUGGAUCCAGACCUGGCCAGGUUGGCGUCGCCCGGUUUCACCGGCUGCCUCUCGGUGGUGCGCUUCAACUCCGUCAGCCCUCUGAAGGCCGCUCUGCUCCACCCUGACACCAGCCCCGUCACCACCACCGGGCCUCUGGUCCGGUCCAACUGUGGCUCCUCGGCGUCGGCCAAUCCCUACGCCGCUGAGAACACGCACCACCUGUCAGACCAGUCUGGUUCAGUGGGUUCAGGUCAGCCUUUAGUCAAUGCCAUCAGGACUGACUCGGCUCUGAUUGGAGGUAUCAUUGCAGUGGUCAUUUUCGUGAUCGUGACCGGCUUGGCGUUAACAGCCAGAUUCCUCUAUCGGCGAAAAGAAACCUAUCGGAACAAAGACGUGAAGGACGUCCAACCGGAGGACAGCCCAGAGUUCCCUUUCAACAACCAGACUGACUCCCAGAACGUCUCCAGCGAAAACCCAAAGGAGUAUUACAUUUGACUGCGGCGCGAUGACCUGAUGAACUGGUGGAUUUGUGGAGCUGGAGGUGCAGACAAAGGUUUCCCUUUCCAUGCCUCAGGAAACUGCCCUCAGAGCCGCUCUCAGAGACACUUCAAGUGGGGCUGUGGCUCUAAAGCAUGCGGAAGGCAAAAAAGAACAAUUCAGUGUUGUCUUUCUGUUGCUUUAUCGUAAAUUGUGAACACACUGACACAAACAGGCAACCGCGUCGGACUCUGAGGUGUUUAUAUCCUUGUUUCUGCUGUAGAUAUUCAGACAAAAUGUAAAUGUUGAAUUUAUGUCUUUGUAACAAUCUCUGGCUGACGUCACUUUGUCAUAUUGAAGCGUGUGCUUACGUUUGUUUGGGAAAGUGAAGCUAUGGUGAAAACGGCGUCAUCGUGGUUGUGAAUAGGCUUGUUUUCCACGGGCAAGGUCUGGUUCAGCGCACAAGGAGCUCGAUACCCCGCCUGCUGUGACGUCACACGUAACCGGCGAAGGAUAAUCUUUUGGUUCUGAGACUUUAGAACCGAGUGCUGCAGUUGCUCAUUACUGAGAGCAGGACGGCAGAGCACGAGGGAAACGCCUCUCUCUCACCUGAUCCAAGAGCUGAUGUUUGUUUCAGUCAGUUUCAUUUCUACAGAAAUUACAGAAUAGAAAGCUCAAGACAUUUAGGUUUUAGUACUAAAUCUAAAUCCAGGCACUCAAGUAAAUGUCUAAAAAUAAAUGUCUUUAUUAAUGAACAUGAAAUACGCCCACGCAUACAGUACACUGUAAACACACAGUGACCUUCAUUCUGUAAUCAGUGAUCCCACAUGCCAAUAAGAAGGCUGUGAAAUCAGCUGCUACACAUCUCCACAAAAACUUAAUCAAAAUACUGAAGCCUCAAAGCAUAGUAAAAAUAACCCCUUUAUGUGCCGUACACUGUAAAAUGUUUAAACUAUCACCAGUGCAGCAACGUCUCUACCCACAGUUCAAAUGACUUUCAUAGUCUGUGGUAUAAGUUAAUUAAGCAUUUGUACGUGAAUAUCAAACACAUCAUUAGGAUUUGACUUUAUAAAAGCAGGAAACCAAACCUGUCCAUUCACCGUGUUCACGUCUACACCUCUGCCACGUGCGGUUACAUGUGGUUUGCUUUGCUUUGUUUCUUUCCAACCCAACUCAAACGUUUCCUUCCUAUUAGCUGCCUGCUGGGAGCUCUCCUGCCCCGGCUCCCUAAAUGUGUCUGAGCAGUAAAGCUUUUAACACUGACAGCGGCGCGGCCUGUAUAACACAUGGCUGUCUGUCAGCCGCUCACCGCACGCCGACACGGCCAUUGUGUUUGGAUUCCUAAUUUGCCUGCGACUGACGGGUGGAUUGUGACUUGAUAAAAGCCGAUCAUAAUCAGACAGAAGGGUAAUAGGAGUGAGAGAGAGGGGCUGUAAUGAUGAGGCAAUGACUAUAGUGAUUCUGUAAUUAACACUUGAAAAUGAAUAUGAUCCAUCUCUGUGUUAAUGGAAGGACGCAAACAGGAUCUGCAGCAGCUGUUGAUCACAUACAUUCCCCAGUCUGCCCAUGACACAUCAACACAGAUGGGUCAUUAUACGCUUCCUAUUACUUUGCGUAUGGUAACAAACUGCACAGAGGCUCAAAGACAUUUGGCUGCAUGGCGACGCAAGUGUAGUGAAGCAAUAAACAACAGGGAGGACCAUUAAUCCUCAGCACAGCUCUGACCAAUAAGACAAGACAUCGCUCUUGCAUCCUUUGAAAUGGUGCGUUUUAGGACACCUGGAAAUUUCUGUAUCCAAGAUUAACUGGACCAAAAUGAAAAUGCUACAAUUUUCGAAACCCAUGACCCAAACCAACAGGUGACUAUGGCAAGCUAGCCAAUGCUAACGUACAGUGACCCUGCAGACGUGCUAGUUGACAUGCAAGUUGAAUGAUGAUGUUUGAGUUGUGGAAAACGCACAUUUUCUCACAUUUCUUUGCAUUUUAAAGCUUAAUGGAUUCAUUUUAGCUUAUAAUUCACUUUAAACUAGCAGUUCAUCCCUAGACAUACACUGCAGAUUUGACUUCAGUACACGACUUCAACAGUGGUUUGGUUUAUUUUCUGGUUAUAUUUAUAAUGAGCUGACCUGUUUUGAUCUGAAUAUGAUCUGUUUGUCCCAGUGGCUGCAUUGCAUCAGACAGACCAGGCAGAAGGGUUCAAGUGUUCCGUGUCUUGUCUCAGAACACUGGGAAUGAACCAGUUGAAUCACUGGCCCUUUGGUUCAUGGAUGACUUGAUCUGACUGGACUUAAUAUUUAUGGCCCGUAGUGUAACUAUGAUAAUGUAAUGGUACAUUGUAUUGGUGGUGGUGAGUAACAGUUAUGUCAGUGAGUUUGAGUGACAUGCCAUUAAAAUAAUAUCCAGAUGAUUUUAAACAUACUCUGGUUGUUUGGUUACAAAUAAAAUCCUGUUUGAUUAAAAUGAAGUAAAAAACAUUUUUUUCAGAAA